UUUCUGUAAAACCCUAACAUUCUAAUGUCGUCCUUGGUAUAAAAACGCCUAUCCGUGCCUCCUUUGGAUUGCCCUGUCUCCAUUGGCUCCGGCGCCGCCACGCGGGUUUCGAACAGCACUGCGGCACCAUGGUGAAUGUUCCCAAGACAAAGAAGACUUACUGCAAGAACAAAGCUUGCAAGAAGCACACCCUUCAUAAGGUUACACAGUAUAAGAAGGGAAAGGAUAGACUAUCUGCUCAAGGAAAGCGCCGAUAUGACAGGAAACAAUCUGGGUAUGGUGGACAAACAAAGCCUGUUUUCCACAAGAAGGCAAAAACAACAAAGAAGAUUGUGUUGAAACUUCAAUGCCAGAGCUGCAAGCAUUAUUCACAGCAUCCCAUAAAAAGAUGCAAGCACUUUGAGAUUGGAGGAGACAAAAAGGGCAAGGGAACUUCGCUCUUCUAGUUUGUUUUUUUUCUCUAAUUCUAGGUGAUGUUAUGUUCUUAUUUUCAUAUGUUAUUAGUCUGAUGUCAUGAACCUUAUUUACUGUUUUAUUUGUCUACAUCUUGGUGAUGUUGUUUUGGUGUCAUUAGAACCUUACUCUUGAUUUACUCAUUUAUUUCACUUUAAGAUGUGUUGUAAAUGAGUUAUGUUGAAAUGAUUGUCUGCUUGGUUUGUGUUA